CACGAAACCUGGCGGCAAUUCGCUUAUAAAACGCCCCUUAAACCCUCCAUCUUCCGCCUCUUCAGUCGCGCACUCUCAAAAACCCUAGCCCCCCUUCUCUCUCACUUUCUCACAGUUCUUCAAUGGAGUUUUGGGGUGUUGAAGUUAAGGCUGGAGAGCCUCUAAAGGUAGUGCCAGCGGAAAGCUAUGUUAUCCACUUGUCACAGGCAACUCUGGGCGAGUUAAAGAAGGGAGGUGAUCAGUGUGUUAUCCAUGUCAAGGUCGGAGACCAGAAGCUUGUUUUGGCAAAUCUCUCAUCUGAUAAAAUGCCUCAGAUUCCCUUUGACUUGGUCUUUGACAAAGAAUUCGAGCUCUCUCACAACUUGAAAAGCGGGAGUGUCCACUUUUGUGGUUAUAAAACUUACAUUGCAAAUGAAUCCGACGAGGACCAAUCUGAUUUUGAUAGUGAAUCAGAAGAGGAUCUCCCACUGAAUUUUACUGGCAAUGGUAACAUUGUUGAAGCAAAGCCAGCUCCACCCAAGACUAAAGCUGUCAAACCAGAAUCUUCUGGAAAGCAGAAGGUUAAGAUUGAAGAGCCAAUUAAGGAUGAGGAUGAUUCUGAUGACUCAGAUGAAGAUGAUUCUGAUGAUGAUGAUGAAAGUUCUGAUGAGGACAUGCUUGGAGCUGAUAGUAGUGAUGAAGAUGAUGAGGACAGUGAGAAAGAAGAGGACACCCCAACGCCUAAGAAGGACUCCAAGAAAAGGCCCAAUGAGUCUGCCCCAAAAACUCCUGUCUCUGCUAAGAAGGCAAAGCAAGUUACUCCACAGAAGACUGAUGGAAAGAAGGGUGCCCACACUGCAACACCACACCCUGCAAAGAAGGGCGGAAAGACUCCACAAACACCCAAUUCUGCUGGCGGCGAUCACUCUUGCAAAACAUGCAGCAAGUCAUUUAACUCUGAUGGCGCUCUUUCGUCUCACAACAAGGCCAAGCACGGCGCUAAGUAGAAUCAGAGGGACGUGCGGAAGCGUUGCACGCCUAUGAUAUGUUAAUUAUUUUGAUAAUUCAGAGUAGAGAGGGUGAUGUGUGAAAUGUUUUGGGCGUAGUGGUUGUCCUCGAGGUUUUUGAAAUACGCGGCUUGUUAUUUAUAGUUAAUAUCUUGAAUUGGACCUAUGUUUUAGUCUCUUGUAUUGGAUAUUCCUCAUGAAUCUCAGAGUCUAAUUUGAUUUUAA